AUGGCUCCAGCAGCCAUGUCUGUGCAUCCAUCCUCUUUCCCCUCCCGCCUCUCCUCACCCCUCCUCCUCUUCCUCUUCUCCGCCUUCCUCCUCCUGUCAUGUCCUGGAUCGGUGAACGCAUCUGACAGUAACUGUUCAGCUAGUGGAGACGCCUGUCAGGAAGGAGUGGUACUGCCUGUGUGGAACCCUCAGAACCCCUCUGUAGGCGACAAAGUGGCACGGGCCAUUGUUUACUUCGUGGCGCUGAUCUAUAUGUUCCUGGGCAUGAGCAUAAUAGCGGACCGAUUCAUGUCUUCAAUAGAGGUCAUUACCUCCCAGGAGAAGGAAAUCACUAUAAAGAGGCCGAAUGGUGAGACCACCACCGCCACGGUCAGGAUCUGGAAUGAGACCGUUUCUAAUCUCACUUUAAUGGCCUUGGGUUCUAGUGCCCCAGAGAUACUGCUGUCAGUUAUUGAGGUGUGUGGUCACGGUUUUGAGGCCGGCUCUCUGGGUCCCAGCACUAUCGUGGGCAGUGCUGCCUUCAACAUGUUCGUCAUCAUCGCCCUGUGUGUCUACGUGGUUCCUGAUGGAGAGACGCGCAAAAUCAAACACCUUCGGGUGUUCUUCGUCACAGCAGCCUGGAGUAUCUUCGCCUACAUCUGGCUUUACCUGAUUCUGAGUGUUUUUUCCCCUGGAGAGGUGGAGGUAUGGGAGGCUGUGCUGACCUUCCUCUUCUUCCCGCUCUGCGUGGUCCAGGCCUGGGUGGCCGACCGUCGCCUCCUCUUCUACAAGUACGUCCGCAAGCGCUACCGCACUGACAAGCACCACGGCAUCAUCAUUGAGACAGAGGGAGGGCCGGACGGAGGAAUGGGUAUGGCUGGAGGAGGAGCACUGGGCCCAGGGGGGUUCACCAAGAUGGACAUGCUGGAGCUGGACGGACAAAUGGCGCUGAACUGUCACAGCGGGGUGGAUGGAGGGAUGAUGGAGGAUGGAGGAGCGAAAGACGAGGAAGACGAGGCCAGGAGGGACAUGGCGAGGACGCUGAAGGAUCUGAAGCAGAGGCACCCGGAUAAAGACAUGGAGCAGCUGAUUGAGAUGGCUAAUUAUCAGGUAUUGAUGCAGCAGCAGAAGAGCAGAGCGUUCUACCGUAUCCAGGCAACCAGGAUGAUGAUUGGUGCCGGCAACAUUCUUAAGAAGCACGCUGCCGACCAGGCUCGCAAGGUGGUGAGCAGCCAUGAAACCCAGGCCCAGGAGGACGACCCUCACACCAUCAGGAUGGAGUUUGAACCCCCUUUGUACCAGUGCUUUGAAAACUGUGGCUCCCUGAAACUGACUGUUGCCAGACGUGGAGGAGACUCUGGAGUUACUGUCAAGGUGGAUUACCGCACAGAGGACGGUACAGCAAACGCUGGUUCAGAUUACGAGUUUGCGGAGGGAACACUGCUGUUUAAGCCAGGAGAGACCCUCAAAGAGAUCACAGUCGGAGUGAUUGACGAUGACAUCUUCGAGGAGGACGAGUAUUUCUACGUCCACCUCAGUAACCCUCGAGUGGUUGGUUACCCUGAGAUUGGCACCGCCCCACUGGAUGCCAGUGCCACCCCCAAAGCCGUGCUCGGUGACAACCACACAGCAACAGUGACCAUCUACGAUGACGAUCACGCAGGCAUCUUUACCUUUGAGAAUGCCAGUCAGAAGGUGAGUGAGAGCGUUGGCGUGAUGGAGUUGAAAGUGCUCAGGACUUCGGGGGCCCGAGGUCUGGUAGCCGUCCCCUACCGAACCGUGGAUGGCACCGCUAAAGCAGGGGAGGACUACGAACUGGCAGCGGGCAAGCUGGAAUUUCAGAAUGACGAGACCAUGAAGAUCAUCGAGGUGAAGAUCAUUGAUGACGAGGAGUAUGAGAAGAACAAGUCCUUCACCAUCGAGCUGGGAGAGCCCGUCCUGUUGGAGAUAGGCCAGAAACACGGUGACUCCAAUGAGAACAAGCCAUUGGUCGGAGCAGAGGAUGAGGAAGUGGCCAAGAUGGGCUGUCCCAGUCUGGGGGAAAACACCCAAGUAGAAGUGAUCAUAGAAGAGUCCUACGAGUUUAAGAAUACGGUAGAUAAGUUGAUCAAGAAGACUAACCUGGCCUUGGUGGUGGGAAGCAGCAGCUGGAGGGAGCAGUUUGUCAAUGCUGUAACUGUCAGUGCAGGAGAUGACGACGAGGAGGAGAGCGGCGAAGAGCGACUGCCGUCCUGCUUCGACUACAUCAUGCACUUCCUCACCGUAUUUUGGAAGGUUCUGUUUGCCUUCGUCCCCCCCACAGAGUACUGGAACGGCUGGGCCUGCUUCAUUGUCUCCAUAUCGCUCAUCGGCGUCCUGACAGCGGUCACCGGCGAUUUGGCGUCACACUUCGGCUGCACGAUAGGACUGAAGGACUCGGUGACGGCUGUGGUGUUUGUGGCGCUGGGAACAUCAGUGCCAGACACAUUCGCCAGCAAAGUUGCCGCCAUCCAGGACCAGUACGCCGACGCCUCAAUUGGCAAUGUCACUGGCUCCAACGCCGUCAACGUCUUCCUUGGCAUAGGCGUGGCGUGGACCAUCGCCGCUGUCGUCUGGCGCUCCAAGGGCAAGGUGUUCAAGGUGGACCCGGGAAACCUGGCCUUCUCAGUCACCCUCUUCACCAUCAUGGCUGUGUUGUGUGUGCUCAUACUGCUGUACCGGCGGCGGGCGUCUGUGGCUGGCGGCGAGCUGGGCGGGCCGCGGACUACCAAGAUAGUAACAUCGUUGCUGUUCGUCUCCAUGUGGCUGAUUUACAUCCUGCUGGCUUCACUGGAGGCCUACUGCCAUUUGCCAGGGAUUUAAAUGGCCAGGAGAGGGGAGAUAGAGAGAGAGACCCACUGCCAAUAUGAAGAGAGAGAGAGAGAGAGAGAGAGUGAGGGACUGAGGAGCCUUUAAACAGGAACCGGACGAGGGGAGACGAGUAGUAGAGGUGGAUCGAUGUGGGACAAUUUUGUCCAUAACAAUUUUCAGUGUUUUAGAUUUGAUUUUCUUCUUUACAUUUAUUUAUUUCCUGAAAAAGAGGAUAUAAUCAAGAAACACUAAACCUCUCAAACUAUAUCCAAACAUUUUUUGCAUUAGCAGCUCACGAAAGGAGACCCAUCAUCUAUCCAGUGAUAGAUCCAUAAACCCUUAUAAAUUAAGAUUAUUUAUGAGGAGGAAUUAAUGAGGAAAUUGCAAUGCAGGUUAUAAAGAGCGUUUUUAUGUUGUUACCUCAAUCAUACAUGAUCAUCGGUGGACAGCACUGUUAAAUACUUAAUAAAAGGCUGAUAUUGUUCCAGUAUACUGCCAAACAAGCAGGAGAGUAGAAGAGAUAGACAGCAAGGAGAGCUGUUAGCCGGCCUCUGAGGGGGACAACGAAGAUAAGGAAGGAAGGAUAAGGUGGAAGAUAAAAGUGAAGAGGUGUGAGGCUUGAGGCAACAAAACUAAAGAAAGGUUUGGAUAAAGUGAAGAGACCAGAGAAAGAAAAAAGAAGAACAGAUGGGCAAAACAUUGUACACCCAAUCCUCACUCUCUCUCGCUUUUUUCGUCUUUACUAUCUCGUCGUCACGGGAUUGGUGGAUCCUCCCAUUAUACCCACUGAACUCUGUCUUAUACUACCAGUGACUUAUUACUUUUGAACCCUCUUACCCCAACUGUACACACAAACAAACACACACACACACACACACUAAGACACACACACUUUGGGGCCCUCAGGUGAAUCUGCUGUGGAGGACCACUCACUGACUGGCGAAAAGGGAAGAUAAAAACUGACAAUUGGUCUUUUUUUCCUUCUCUUCUUGAAUACACUGUGCGUAAUAGUCCCUUUGCCCGACAACGCACACACACACUCUCGCAUACUGUACUAUUACUCUACAGACUGUAAACACUCCUCCGUCCCUCCCUCUUGCCUUACUCUUAUCUCCCCUGUAGGAAUUGUCUUAAAGUUGUGAUAAUGAAAUGCCGUAGUCACCACCAACCAACCCUUUUUUUAAUUGAGCCAAUCCCAACACCCUCUCCUUUAAUGCCAAGCAACAACCUCAUUUAUUCCACAAAGAAACCCCCCCCUUUUUUUUCUAAACUUCAAUGGGGUCACGUGUUGAUGUUGUUACCGUGCAAUUGUAAAAAUAAAAAAUGAUAUAAGUAUACUGUAAUAGGGAGAGCUGGAGAUAAAGAACUUUAAAGCAGGUGGCUUUGGAAGAUGGAAUGUAAAAUGGAGGAUCAAGAUGUUGGAUUAGCACCUGGAAGAAAUUUCAAAAGUGGGAUGAAGAAGCAAGAGCACUGUUUGAUUAGCGGAGAUAACAAAGUCUAAAGAACAAACAAGGAAGCAGUCCACCUAGUAGUAGUUGUCUUUCUUGCAUGAAGAAGCGUCGUGCACUACACUUUGUGAGGUAUACAGUUUACACUCUGACGUUGCAUUAAAUGUUGGGGAAUCAAACAUGUGCACAAGUGAAGUCGGAACCAAACAGGAAAUGAUGUAACGCCAAGAGACAACAACGAACGAGACAAAAUUGGGAACAAUCAGAAUAAAGGAUCUCAGUGGUUGUGACCUUGACAACCACAAAGAAGACAAUGGCGACUGUAGAGUUGAUAACAAAUGAAGACUAUGACCAUAUCCAGUGUUUCUAAUUGUACAUGAUAAUAUAAGAAACUGUUAUUGAUGUGUGUGAGAAAACACUGAUAUUUAAUUUAUGUGAAGUUCCCCUAUUUGUGAGGAAAAUCCGGAGUUUGAAAAUGUGCCCUUUUUCCUCUGAAACACAGUUCAAGAAGACAUUUAAAGAAAAUCCGUCACAGGGGAAAAGGCUGUAAGAUGGUGAACACAAAACCAGAGAUUUACAGACAGAGAGAAGAAUCGAAAGCUCUGAGGGAAAUGUACGGCAGCUCUGAAAUAUCGCAUGACUGUUCAGCAGCACUAUUGUUGGGAUGUUUCUUUUUACUCAAAACAAAAAUCACAUCUCCUCUGUUAUCCAAAGAUCUAUCAGAAAAACACAAUUUCAGAUCGCCAUUCAUUUUCAUCAUGCCGUUUUACCUCCCAGGAAUGGUACAAAUCCCAACAAGCUGCUAGUUGGAGUUAAAAAAAAUCUAAAUUCAUCAAAGUGUUCACACGACGGAUAAAUGUGCUUAAACAUUGGUAUUUUCCAUGGCUAUGAGCCUGUGUCAAAAGUUGUGCUAUUUAUUUUUUGUAAAAAGUUUGUUUAUUCAGGCAUGGGGUGUGUGAAUGUGAAAGUAAGAUAUCAGAAUAUCUUAAGGUCAAUAUUAUAACACAUAUCAUGUAAAAUCGACCAUUUUGUUAUUGUUUGUGUCAAAUCUAAAUUCACAUUAUGUCUAUGUGGUUACCCCUACCUUGCCCAGGGGCUGAACUGAUGUUGGACAGAAUGGAUGGUAUAUGGCUUGUCAGUGCGGAUAAUUAUAAAAUGUAAUCCCUUUGUUAACAACAGCAUAGAAGGAAAAAACCAUUUUCUCCUCAACUGCCCACAAAGCUCAUUGCUAACUUCAAGGAAAAUCCUGAGAGAAAACAAUCAUUUAGCUAUUUGUUAUACCCCCUAUUCACUAAGAGAAAAAUGGGACUGAAAACAACAAUUUACCUGCCCACCAUCCUCUUUGUUAAAUAUGGACAAAUUACCCACUACUUUCAGCUCAGUGGAAAUGCAGGCUUUACAAAACCAGCUCAGUCGUGACCGGGCUCAACAGACCACACGCUUGUUCUCAGCCCUGUUUAAGGCGGUGCUUGCAUAAAUGGAAGAUAAGUGGUGAAUUGGAGCAGAGGGGCAUUGAUCAGCUGGGGGAAAAAUGCCUGUAUGUGUCACCCCUUCAGUAAAAUGUGAUAUUUUAAAUGUAACGCUGCAUCCUUGCACACUCUGUCAGCUAUUGAGCAAAGGAGAAAGUGAAAUAUUCUAAUAUUUAAUUGCAGAAAAUAUGCGAGAAGUUGGGAAAAUUACUAUGAUUUCUCGAACAACUGUUUUCAGGCUUGGAGCUACUGUAUCAUCUGGCCACCUGCUAUGAUGCUCUUGCUCUACUUCAAAGGAAUAUUGCUUAGCUUUUUAACAUUGCUGUCUAGAAAUUAGACGCAAGUUUCCAGAUCAAAGAGGAGCUGCCCUGGAUCAUGUAGAGACACUUCAGUUUUUUAAAGUGCUUACAGGGCCGUAGCCAGGAUUUUAGAAGUACUGAGGUCAUGAGUAACCCAAUGCAACUCUAAUCUUUGUCUGCCACACUCUGUUAUUUGGAUUUUUAAUGUUUUAUUUAUUCAGUUAGCUGUUCCAUUAUAUUUCCAGGCAAUUUUAUUUCCCCCAUGCAGAUCUAAAUGUUUUUACAAAGACUCAUUGUGACAGAUUGCUGAAUCAUUUGUUUCUUUUUUAGAAUCUUGAAUCUUCAAGUUUAGUAGGUUAGCAGGCUAGCAUUUGCUUAUUAGCACUACACUUACAUCUGAGGCUGAUGGGAACGUCCUUAGUUUUGCAGGUAUUUGGUCGUAAACCAAAGUAUUAGACAAAUUUAAAUGUUUCCUUAAUGAUGGCGCUAGAUGAAAAGUGAAGGGAUCAUCAGUGAUAAGAAUUCAUCAUAAGUGCAACAUGAAUGUUACCAAAUUUCAAAUCCAUUGAAGAUUUCUCUAGACAUAUUCUGUAAUGUGACAUUCAACAUGAAUGUUAGAAAAUGUCAUGGCAAUCUAUCUAAUAGCUGUAGAGAUAUUUCAGUCUGGGCCAAAGUGGUGGACCAGCCCAACACUAUUGUCAUCCCUAUAUUGAGUGUCACAUUUUGGCAUGUUACCUUUGCUCACAAAUCUAAAGUUCCCUGAAAAAAUACAAAAGAUAUGACCACAGUGUCCUCAAUCGUAGUUAGUGUACAGCCCUGGAUGCUUGUUGACAUGGGGUUUGAAUCACCUGUACAUCAACCUGCUGAAACUGUCUGACUAACCAUCCAGAUCUGUCAUUGUCUCAGAUACUAUUAUCAUCCCUGUAGUGCGCAGUAGGAGUAAACCCUCCGCAACAAAGGUCAUCAGCAUUUCGCCAGUUUUGACAAUGCUGGCCUGUUGGCAUGGCUCCUGGCCUUUGAUAAGCCAGGACGUCUGCUGUGCCAAACUAUGUUUCUCAAUGUCUUAAGCUUCCGUAACAGUUUCCAGUUUAAGAAUGAGUGGGCAGGUUAAUAGAGCUGCUGACGCCACAGGAACACAAGAAUACUGGGACUGAUUUAGAAAUAUAGGCUUUUUAAAGGUUGAUAAGCCUUGCUGGAGGAGAAUGACUUUGAGUGUGCGUGUGUGUGUGUGUCUCUGUGCAUGUCAGUGCACAUGCUUUUUAAGUGAGUGAAGAAAUGCAACCAUAUUUUUAGUCUCUUGCCUGUUGCUUAGCGACCAUCACUCUGCAAGCCGUUGUCUUCUUGACUGUUGCUGGUGUGUGAGACAUUGUGUGUGUGUGUCAUUCUCUUUUGAUGUUUCUCAUUUUAUCUGCUUGCUCUUCUUCUAGUGAAUUUGACCAUUCUUAGUCAUUUUUUCUCUCUCUGCGGGCGAAUUUCAUCAUAUGUUAUGUAUAUGUUCAUCCUUUUCACAUAUGUUUCUUUUACUUUGUGUUCUUUUGUGCUUUGUGUUCUUGUUAACAUGUGUAUCCAUUGUACGUAAAUCUACAUGCGUAUUUGUGCCUUUGUGUGAGUGUGUUUGUUUUGUUGGUGUUGUAAUCUCUUUAUAAGGGCUCACCCUGUGUGUCCCUGGCUGAGGCCCAUAUGCUAGAUUAAUGAAUUAGAAUGCCAGCCUGACCCACAGUUAAAAAUGCCUGGAAAUUGGAUUCCCUCCGAUGUGUGUGUGACAGUAAGAGAGAGGCAGGGAGAUUGUGUGUGUGUGUGUGUGUGUUUACCUGUCGAAUCAGAUUAGAUAUAUAAUCAAUCUGGCUGGCAAUCAAGACUGGGAAUAGAUGGUGGCACAUUGCUUGAAUAAUUAUGUGUGUGUGUGUG